AUGGCUCAUACGUGGCACUGCAGCUGUGGGACAGCGGGACAGGAGAGGUACCGCUGCAUCACCCAGCAGUUCUUCAGGAAGGCCGAUGGCGUUGUCGUCAUGUACGAUGUCACAGCCAGACAGUCGUUCCUGUCGGUCCGGCAGUGGCUGAGCAGCGUGGAGGAAGCUGUGGGAGACUAUAUUCCUGUUCUUCUGCUGGGCAAUAAAAUUGACAACGAGAAAGAGCGGGAAGUUCCGCAAGGCCUCGGAGAGCGGCUUGCCAAGGAGAACAAUCUGAUCUUCUAUGAAUGCAGUGCCUAUUCCGGUCACAACACCAAAGAGUCCCUGCUCCAUCUAGCCAGGAUCCUCAAGAAACAAGAAGAUACAGCCAGGGAGGACACAAUACAAGUUGACCGCCCUGCCAAAAAGAAAUCUUGCUGUGGCUGAUAAGAGUCCUCCCAGCCCUGUUCCGUGUGGAUAUGAGGUCACAGGACUUACCCUGGUUCCUGCACAUGGGCUCCCGCUUGGAUGCUGCCACCACAGCCCGCCUAAGCCCUUGUUUCUGUCAGCGACUUGCCUCCAUCAACAGGAGGGGAAGCACAUCCAGCCAGGAAAGCUGCUCCUAGAGCAUUUUGGAGUCUUCUUUAUCUUCUCUCUAGACCCAGGUGCCCAUUUCCCACCCCUUCCCCCAGCUUAGUUUUGUGGAGAAAAGAAACAGAUGGGCUUUUCCAGAAAAAUCACCACAUGCCUUUCCCACCUCUCUUCUGCUCCCCUUGCCCUUAAGAAAUGCAGCACCAUGGUUGCCAUGGCAACCACGAAGGGCAGACUUGCUGCUUCCUGUAGGCCAAAGACACAGGACCAGGGCAGUGGGACUUCCUUUGGCUCCUGUUCUCUGGAUAUCAAUGGGAUGCUCUUGGCAUAUGCUUCAUAGACCUCAAGAUGCCCACGUGGUGUUGAGAAAAGUGUCCACAUUCUAUUGCACACCCCACCCGCAGGGGUCCUGCUCCUUGCUGGGUUGCAGAACCCCGUGUCUCAGCAGCCACCAUGCCUCCUGUAUUUGGCCCCUCGCAGUCUCUGGAACAUGCCUUAUGAGAAACCCACACC